AUGUUUGAAUACAGGGUGGUGGUACCUACGACUCUGCGCGCACGUGUGCUGCGCGAGUUACACGCAGCGCACGGCGGCGCGGUGCGCACGAAGGCGCUGGCGCGUGCCUAUGUGUGGUGGCCCGGGCUGGGCGCGGACGUGGAGCGGGUGACCGCCGAGUGCGCAGCGUGCGCAGCGGAGCGCCCGGCGCCGGCACGGGCGGCCACGCAUCCGUGGGAGUGGCCGCAAGAGAGGUGGUAUCGAGUACAUGUGGACUUCCUAACGCCCACAGCUGGUACGUAUUAUUUUGUUCUGAUUGAUGCCUACUCCAAAUGGAUUGAGGCAAGCAAAAUAAGAGGCACGCGCGCCGACGAGACCAUUGCCUUAUUACGCGAAAUAUUUGCUCGCUUCGGAAAUCCUUACGAGUUGGUAUCUGAUAACGGACCACCGUUCACGAGUGGUCAAUUCGAAUCAUACCUAAGGAAAGAGGGCAUCAAGCACAUCCGCAUUUCCCCGUAUAAGCCAAGCAGCAAUGGAGCUGCCGAAAACACAGUCGGGUUAAUUAAAAAAUGCCUAAAAAAAGCGGAACGGGAGAAUGCGAACGUGCAUGAAGCAUUGCAAACAUACCUAUUAACUCAUCGUAUAACUCCGCAUUCUACAACAGGCGCCUUAGACUAA